UCUGAGCCCCAACUCAACCCAACGUCUCUCUCCCCAGCUCCCAUCCGCGGCGAUCUAGGGUUUCGGCCCCCACCGCCGGCCCCCGAUGGAGGCGCUCUCGCUCAUCGACGUCUCCGCCGAGGACGACUUCCUCCUCGACCUCGCCUCGCCGCCGCAGCACCCCGACCCGCCGCCAGGGGCUUCGGCGGCCGCGGCGGCGGGGCGGGUUCUGGAUCCGGGCGGCGCGACGGAGCGGGCCGAGUCCCCGAAGAGGAGGAACCCCAAGGGCGCCGUCAACCUCCGCAAGAGCCUCGCCUGGGACAGCGCCUUCUUCACCGGCGAAGGUGUUCUGGACACGGAGGAGCUGGGCAUCGUGAACAGCACUUUCCGCAAGGCGCAGGGGUCCAGGCUGCUGCCCGGGAUCGCCGAGGAGAUGCGGAGGUCGACGGAGUCCACGACCUCGACCAUCGAGAGCGAGAGCUUCCUGCUGGAGAGCCUUGAUUCGGACCUCUUUGACAAUGUCCGGGCUUCCGUUCAGAGAACGCUAGGCAAGCCUGAGAAAGCUCCUGCUGUGACUGCUGCUAGCUCGAAAAGCACCAAGGCUGCAGCGGCAAAGGCGCCUCCUCCUGUUACAGCCAGAAAGGGGGUUGAUCGGAUACCUCUGACUCAGAGCAAGAUAAGGCCCCCUGGUUCAACAAGCAAUGGCGUUGGUUCCAAGCAAAGGCCCCAAGUCACUCCGAAAGAGCCUACAGUUACAAGAGGGGGUGUAUCAAGCGCUGCAGAAGCAAAACCAUCCUCAAGACCUCCUAGGGCUCUGCCAAGAGUUGCUACAAUGGGAGCACCAGCUAACACAGCUGCCACUUCUGGGGUUUCAGACAAAAGAAGCAGCACUGGAGGUGUAGUCAAUAGGCAGGCAGUUGGUAAAUCUGCUAACACUUCAGCUGGCGUGCCAUCUCGGCCUGGUUGGGGGACAAAGACAAGUUCCACCACAAAAUCGGGUGCUUUGUCGUCAACAUCAAUUCCUUCCUUGCACAGUGCUCCCAUAGGUACCACGGCAGGUGCGAAAACCAAAUCACCGACCCUAAUUGGCAAGACUAGAACUGCUCAGAGGGUCCCUAUUCGUUCAUCACCGAGAGCUGGUAUCAGCAAGGUUGAACCAGCAAUAGCAUCAAGAAAUAAGAUUGUAACUAGGAGUAGUAUUGAGAGUGCAUCACCGACCAUUUCACCUAGUAGCUCAGUGGACAGCAUGAGUUCAGUGAUUUCCGGGGUUUCAACAGCAUCCACUAUAGGGAGAGUGAGCCAAACAUCUGAGAGCUUUAGUACUAGGUCAUCUUCACUGUCCCCUUCCACCAGAAAGAGCAAUGACCACCCUCCAAUCACAAAACCGAGGGCUCUUACUGUUACAGAAGGUACACCUUGUGAUAAUCGGAAGUCUAAUAUAGACACAUCCAACCAAGGAAACGGCUUUAAGCCAUCUGGUCUACGAAGGCCUACACCUAAGAUUGGAUAUUUUGAUGCUGAGAAGUCUGUUGAGCAAAAAGCUGCCCGGGUGCAAGUGCAAUCCAAGAAUGUCUUGUUUUCACCAUUGGCCACACCAAACCCUCGGAUUUCUUCUACUCCGAAGGCGAACUUUGAAUUUUCUACCAGUGAUGAACAAGAACUAAAAUUCAUGGCAGCAGCACUUUCUCAUACUAAGGCGUCACCUUCACUGCCUCUCAGAGUUGCACAAGCUGAAGUAAAACCAUCAAAGGUGGUAGAGCAUGAAGCUUCUCAAAUUAAAGCGCCUCUCAGGGUUGCGGAAGUUGAAGUAGAAUCAUCAAAGGUAACAGAGGAAGUUUCUCAUACUGGGCCAUCACCUUCACUGGCUCUCAGAGUUGCACAAACAGAAGUAGAUCUAUCAAAGGCGAUGGAGCAUCAAGCUUCUCGAACUGAGGCAUUACCUUUACUGCCUCUCGGAGUUGCACAAACUGAUGUUGAAUCAUCAAAGGUGAUGGAGCAUGAAGCUUCUCAAAUUAAGGCGCCGACUUCACUGCCUCUCAGGGUUGCAGAAGUUGAAGUAGAAUCAUCAAAGGUAACAGAGGAAGUUUCUCAUACUCAGCCAUCACCUUCACUGCGUCUCAGAGUUGCACAAACAGAAGUAGAUCUAUCAAAGGCGAUGGAGCAUCAAGCUUCUCAAACUGAGGCAUUGCCUUUACUGCCUCUCGGAGUUGCACAAACUGAUGUUGAAUCAUCAAAGGUGAUGGAGCAUGAAGCUUCUGAAACUAAGGCAUCACCUCCACUGCCUCUCAAAGUUGGGCAAACUGAAGUAGAACCAUCAAUGGUGACAGCGCAUGAAGCUUCUCAAACUGAAGUAGAACCAUCGAGGGUGAUGGAGCAAGAAGCUUCUCAAACUGAGGCAUCACCUUCACUGACUCUCAGAGUUGCAGAAACUACAGUAGAACCAUCAAAGGUGAUUGAUAAUGAAGCUGUCAGGGUUGCAGAAACAGAGGUAGAUUCAUCGAAGGUGUCACAGCACGAAACACACAUGCUUGAGACUGGUCCAUUGGUCGCUGUGGACAUUGCAGAGGAGAGCAUUCCAGCUUUGCGUCAGAUUAUCCAAGACAAUGGUGAUGGCAGUCUUGCAACAGUUAAGCUGUCCUCAUGUACCAUUGAUCAACAAGAAUCAGAAACUUCGUCAGCACCUGGUGGGGAAAGCAGUCCAUUCCAAACUAAUGUUGCACAAACUGAAGCAGAACCAUCAGAGGUGAUAGAGCAUGAAGCCUCUCAAAGUAAGGCAUCACCUUCACUGCCUCUUGGAGUUGCAAAAAAGGAAGUAGACACUACAGCAGCAUCUGGUGGGGAAAGCAGUCCAUCCCAAACUAAUGUUGCACAAACUGAAGUAGAACCAUCAGAGGUGAUAGAGCCUGAAGCCUCUCAAAGUAAGGCGUCACUGCCUCUUGGAGUUGCAACAAUGGAAGUAGACACCACAGCAGCACCUGGUGGGGAAAGUCCAUCCCGAACUUAUGUUGCACAAACUGAAGUAGAACCAUCAGAGUUGAUAGAGCCUGAAGCCUCUCAAAGUAAGACAUCACCUUCACUGCCUCUUGGAGUUGCAACAAUGGAAGUAGAACCAUCAGAGGUGAUUGAUAAUGAAGCUUGCAUGCCCCAGGCCUGCCCACCUUCAAUACCUCUUGGAAUUGCAGAAAUGGAAGUAGAACCAUCGGAAGUUGUAGACCGUGAAGCUUGCAUGGGCCACGCCUGGCCAGUGUUUGCGGCCGUGGAUACUGCAAAAGAAAACAUUCCUGCCCUGCAUCAGGAUAUCCAUCCUAGUAGUUCUCCGAGUCCACUAAAGAAAAACAUUUUGACGUCGCAUGACAAUAUCCAAGCUGAAGGGGAUGCGACUCCAGUGAAGGGAUCCAUUUUGGCUUCGCAUCCAAAUGUGCAGGCUAUAGGGGAAAUGACUCCAGUAACUCUCUUGACCCAGAAGCUGUCGUCGAUUUCUCUUGGAGCCGCAAAUGGAGAUGCGACUCCGUUGACUCUGUUGGCGCAGAAGCUUUCCUCCAUUUCUCUAGAGGAUGCCACCGACUAGGUGUCUUGAUCUGGUAGAGGCUCCGAGUUCCACAAGAAAUGCUGCUGGUUGUUCCUGAUUACACCCUUGCUACUCAGAAGGCAACUUCAGCUGAAGUUAGUACAAAAAAACUGUCCUGCAUUUUCUUUUGUUGUUUUAUUUAGAAGUUCAACGAGUGCUCUACGAGUGUUAAAGCCCAGGACAUUGUUAAAAACUGUGAUGUUCUGUUCUGCAAAACACUAGACCUGGUAUGUCAGCUGCAGAUUUGCGAGUAAAGCGUACAUGAUUACCAUUUGUUCA